AUGGCCAUGAGGUAUGUCCUGGAGCCGAAUGCUGCUCGAAGUUCGAACACUGUGGAACAGGAUCAGACUUCUGUAACUUCAGAAAUGCGCCAUUUUGAGAAUGAUACUGAUCAUCAUUCCUGGAAGGUGGCCCAGGCAAUUGUUAUUCUGGACUGUGCGAAGAUCCUGACAACUCUGUAUCCCAAGACGGGACCUGCGUACACUGCGGUCCCGCGAACUCAGAUUGGCUUUGUGGGGGCUCUGGUUUUGGAAACUGCUGCUCUACCAGUGGCUAUUGCGGAAGUACUAAUGAUUACUGUGGUCCUGGGAACUACCAUUCUGGAGAAUGUGACACGGAUGAGAGCGGAGUUAGUGUAG